AUGAAGAAUUUUGGGUUAAUUUUAACGAUUUUGUUUAUAAUAAACGAAUCCAAUGCUAAACCAUUUUUAUUCAGCACAUCAAAAUGGGUUUAUCAGCGUUUAUUCGCUUCGAACGCAUCAGCUGAUCACAGCACACAAAACAUCGAAGAUUUAUCCGAAGAAGGACCGAUAUUUCACCACGCAAACAAAACACACAAAGUAAACAAUACACUAGACUCAACAGAAAGUCAAGUUGUUGAUUUAACAAAGAAUAAAAGCUCGAAACUUGAUGAAUUUGCGCCGAAUGAAGAGGAAGAAUUUGAUUUGGACAAAAACGAAAACAACGAAACAAUGAGUGAAACACCAGGAUUUUUGCAUAGAAAAAUCUCAAAAAUAUUAAACAAACUACAAUUGUACUCAGCAGUGCGUAGUACAAUUCACAACGUGAGGAAACAACAAAAUGGCGAUGAAAAUGAAUCAAAACUACAAAGAAUUGUUAAUAUUAGCAAUAAUAACAGUUAUUUACCACCUAAUGAUAAAACAAAUAACACUCAGGUAACCUCAAAUGAUGAAAACAAAGAUGGCGACCGUGAAAAUGACGAAAAUCAACAAAAUGAUGAAUUCGACGAGCGUUUUGAUGAACCAUUCGUGUUCGACGAUGAAGUUGAAGAUGUAAAUGCUAUGAAGCAUAAAAACGACAACAAAUUGAGUUUAGAAACGGGGAAUAUCGGUAUUCACAUCAUGGAGAUCUUUGGAUCGAUAGCAACCAUUUUCUUAUCAGCUGCGUAUCAAGUUGGAAUGUAUGCCAAUUCAUUUACAGGCAGUAAUCAAGCAUUAGUCACUAGUAAACCAAUUGAAGGAGUUGGGACGACAAUUAAAUGGAAGAUAAAUAAAUAA